AUGAAGAUCGCUCUGUGCAUGCUAGUGGUUGUGGCAGCGGUGGCGGCUGCGCCACAGAGGGAAGGUGCUGCCUUCACGAACGAAGCCAUCAAACAGGCUCAGAACACCUUCCUCAUUCCCAAAGAUGCCGAAAUCCAAAAGGUUCAAGAAGGCAUUGAGCUGGCAGCAUACGAGUCCAUUCCCGGCAACCAGAAAAUCGACCUGAGACUCAUUCUCGGUGACCAGGUGCCCGAGGAAGUGAUCAACAACUUGCAAAGCCAGGUCGAUCAAGUUGGUCGCCACUAG